CCCGUCCCCCUAAAAUACCCUAGCAUCGCCCCUGUUGGCGGGUAGAUUACAACUCUAGCCAAGUGAGAGUUCCUCACUGUAAAAUAAUAAACACAAUACAGAGAAUAUUGAUACCACAUUUUCGUUACUUUUAUGUAAGCAUAUACCGUUACGAAGGCACAGCCGCUAAUUUGAAACCAAAAUGCCAAACAAUAUAUUCAGUUUCUUCCUCAUUGCAACGUUAGCUGUAAUGCUGCCGACCCUACCGGGCUGCCAAGCUGACGGGUGUGGGUGUCCCCCACUGUGGACACCUUUUCAACGUAACUGUUACAGGUAUUUCUCGGUGAAGAAUAUCACUUGGUAUGGAGCUGAGAUGCACUGUUCAAGUUUCUCCGUUCCUUGUACUGGACUGGAUACUACCCUUAGCCUGGGACAUCUCACUUCUAUUCAUUCUAAAGAUGAGAUGGAUUUUCUUGCAGUGCUAUAUGAAGACCUCCGCAGUAAAGUGGUAACUUCCUUUACGAGAAUUUGGAUUGGAUUUCAUGACAAGGGUACGGAAGGUAGUUGGGAAUGGAGCGACGGCUCGAGCGUAGACUACAGGUACUGGGAUGUUGAUCAGCCGAACAACUACGGAGGAGAGCAGGACUGUGCCGAGUUUCACACGUCCAACGAAUAUAAGUGGAAUGAUCUUCACUGUGAUACGGACAACGACAGCGAAUUCACUGUGACGGGUUAUAUCUGUAAGCUGCCACAGUGGUAAUGUGUGUAAAUUCAACAGUUUUAAUGUCUGCAUGGGAGGGUUCCACAGUGAGUGGUCGUGUGGAAUAUAUCACAGUGGCAUUUUUUUAGCAAGCUCCACACACAGUGACGAUGUACAAAUUGUAGAUGUCAUACCCAGCCCCCCUCCCCUCUCCCGUCAUCAAAGUCCAUGUAAGUAUGUGAUGAAAGCAAAGAAUUGUACACACAACUUCCACAGUGUUUGUGUGUAUGGAGAUAUACCACAGUAGUAACGUGAAAAAACAACUUUUCGUGUAAAAUUUACCACAGUUACAAUGUACUGUCUAAUAGAUAAUAGCUUACAUUUGAAUUGAAGUUAAGCACUCGGUACAAUUAAUAUAGGAAGUUUAGUGAAGUACACAAUAAAAUAACCAAUCUGGAAUAACACGUUUUGUUUACAUGGUGUUGGUAUUAUGUUCACAAUGAGCUACAAUGGUGGACUAUAUAAAGGUAAUUUCAAACUGUAAAUACUUAUACAGUCAUUCUAGAUUUUGAUCAUAGUGUGUUCACAUUUUUUUUUAAUGUUAUCCUAUGUGGAUGUAAUUUCACAUUGUACUGUAUUGUGUGCUUACAGUGUGUUCACAUUGUAUUAUAAUGGUAGACUAUAUGAAGAUAACUUCACACUGUAAAUACCUAUACAGUGUGCUCAUAUUGUCAUCAUAGUGUGUUCAAAAUGUGUUACAAUGGUCGAAUAUGCGAACAUAGUUUUACAUUGUGCUUACGGUGUGCUUAUAGUGUGUUCACAUUAUGUUACAAAGGUGGACUAUGUGAAGAAAUUGUCACACUGUGAAUACCUAUACAGUGUGCUCAUACUGUCAUCCUAGUGUGUUCAAAAUGUGUUACAAUGGUCGACUGUGCGAACAUAGUCUUACAUCGUGCUAACGGUGUGCUUAUAGUGUGUUCACAUUAUGUUACAAAGUUGGACUUUGUAAAGAAAUUGUCACACUGUGAAUACCUAUACAGUGUUUUUAGAUUGUGAUCAUAGUGUGUUUAAGGUGUGUUACAAUGAUGAACUACGUGUACAUAAUUUCACACUGCGCGAAUACUUACAUAUGUGCUUACAGAGUACUCAUCGUGUGUUCACAAUUUGAUAUAAUGGUAGACUAUGUGAGGAUA